AUGGAGAUGUCUAGUGCUUUGGUCACCGCCCUUUGCUCAUGGCUGAAGACGUUCAUUUGUCUGACCUGGGUGGGAGAGAGAGCGCGCGUCUUUGCAACCAUCACAGCCAGUUGUAUCUUCUUUCUUGCCAAGGUAGGUUCCAGGAUCUCACAGAUCCCGUCUCCCCAAAGGGGGGCAACGAGUCAGCCGAAUUCGAAGCUCCCACCCGAGCUGACGGCAUCUGCCUGGUACCUCUUCAUGGGAGUUGUGGAGGGGAUCUCACCUGAUAGCCGACGCAACGAAAGGGGUGUACUCCGUGUACCUUCUCUAGGCCUUCGAGUCAGUCUCCCAUGGCAUUGUUUGGGCGACCCGCCAGAGACCGACUCUGCAGGACGGUACCCGCGCAGCUGGCUCCAGGAGUUCCUCCACUCUGUCCCCAAAGACCUGGAAGAGAAAGGCGUGUCCACUCAGGCAACUCUGUUGGCCCCAUCGUUCUCUUCCUGGGGGCAUGAAUGGGAAGGGCGAGGAGUAGCAGCUCAGGACGUUCCGCCCUACAACAUCAGACCAGACUGCCUGCGCCAACUCACCAGCAUGCCAGAGAUGACCCUUCUUCCUCAUGAAGAUGGACGCGUCAUGCGUGCAGAAGGCGAAGGUAACCAGCCUCGUCCAGAAUUUGGUUCUCCUCCGAGGCCUCCUCCGGUUGAGCCAACUCUCCUGCUGGAUGCGUAUCGAACCGCCAAGGAGCAAGUCUCCUCCAAUGGAGAAGCCGACCCGUUAGAUUGGGGCUCAAAGACGCUGGGGCAGCUUGGGGAGAACUUGGGCGAUUUGGUGGACCUCAUGGUGACGCGCCUCGCAAUCCCUUGCACCGGCCCCAACUCCAGGAGCCUAUUGAGGAAAGCAGGGGCGAACUUUGGGGAUCUAGCUGCCACCUCUGACCCCGGAUUGGCUACCGAUAGAAUAAGCCACGCCAUCGAUGGUCUGCGUAAGGCCCAGGAUGAGGAUAAGACCGGGACCAAAGGUCAACUGAGCGCCCUCAAGGAGGGAGAAAAGCUUGACGUUUUUCUCGCCAGGGGUUGUGGCCAGCUCUCCAUUGAGCUUUGCAAGGGGGUAUACGGCAAGGAGCUGUUCCACAGCAUCAAACGCGCAGGGCAUCACGCCAAGCACUCCCUAGGGCUUAUCAAGUGGCCGGUGCUCAUUACCAAUCGGGUGGCUCUCUCCAUUGCGGGCCUCUGGUGGGGUGGAUCGGAAAGCUUCACUCUUCUCGCCGCUGAUUGCGUUACCGCACGUACCGAGCAAGUCGAAGCCUGGGGACCGCCGACCGAGCACAAGAUCGAGGCCCGGGCAAAAUCUCCCUCUACGUUCCUGAGCUGGCUUCGAUACGCCGAAAACGCCGUGAGAGUUUUUGGCAUUGGCAGUGCCUACGGUCUUGAGCAUGUCCAAGAACGGAUGAAGUUCUUGAAGGCCUUGCAGGAAGCACACGAGGAAGAUGAGCACGCUUUUCCUUUCAAAUACUGCAUGGACCUCUACGAGGAGCUCUCAGCAGUUUGGUGUGAGGAAAUCCGUGAAAGGAGGAGGCAGCUAUGCGCCAAACUGGGAACGGAGAACCCCAGGCUUGAAGACCUGAAGCUCCUUGCUCUUGCACCGGGACCCGACGGGAGUCCUAAAUUCCAAUUCCCCCGGGUGUGGGACCUGAGUGAUCCCUCUGGGUACUAUCAGCGUGUGAUCUUGCCGCGUCAGGACCGGGCCAUGGCAAGGUUGCUGAACAAGCAGCUGCAUGACCAUGUCACUCGGGAUCGUCGACCCGAUAACCGGACGACCGCGGGUCCCGAGGAGCGCGAGGGAGCGACCGGCGUACCGCCCGACACCGACGAAGGGAAGUCUGGGCGAGCGCCUCGCCUAGCCCUCCCGGCCGAGGACCAGAAGACAGGAGUGGCAGGAGGUGCUGGCGAAAAGGCCUACCCGGCUGGGAAGCGUCUCACACCCACUGAGGUGAAAAGAUCCAUUACCCAUGCACCAGUUUGUCAGAAGUCCAAGAAGCCCAUCUGUUGGGACGCAGCCUGUCACAUUGGAUGUCAGCGCGCUGAUUGUCCCCAUGCUCAUGAGCCUCUGCCCGCCAUGAAUAAGCUUGACUACUCGGUCGCGAUGCAGGUGCUCCGGAGAGGGGGAUUGAAGAAUGGUGCGAAGAUCAACCCGAAGGAUGUUGAUGGGAGAGUCGCCCAGCUGAGGUCUCAGGCUAAGGAGGAUCACGACUCCAAAGUAGAACCGGGUGCCACCGCCCAAGGGAAGGCCAAGCCCAAAGCCAAGGCUAAGGCCAAGGAAAAGGCGGGGUGGGCAGUUCCAGAUGAUGACCAAGGACCGGUGAACCAUCUCGAAGAAGAACUUGGUGACCUUGCUCAAGGCCCCGACCACUCUCGGCAUGACUCAUUUCGGAAGGAUGCCGAGCCGGUCAGCUCACCAGGCAGGUGA